AUGUGGCGAUGGCGCGAGGCGCUGCGGCGCCUCUGCGUGGACCCACAGGGCCGCCGCCUGGCGCGGGCUGCCGCGGACGCGCAGGCGGGCGCCUUCUGGGGCGAGCUGGUGCUGGAGGUGCCGCGCUGGGCCUGGGCCUUGCGCUUGGCGGGGCCCGAGCUGAUCCAAAGAAACCAGGCCCUGUCCAUCUUGGCCCGCGCCGCGCGUUGGCAAGAAGCGCUGGAGCUGCUGCGCGCCGGAGAGGUGGACAUCGUGAGCUUCAACAGCGGCGCCUACGCCUGCGCUUUGGCGCAGAAGUGGCAACACGCCCUGCAGCUGCUGCAGGAUGCCACGCGCAGCGCCUUGCGCGCCACGGCCAUCAGCUUCAACACGGCCGCGCUGGCAUGCAAGGAAGCGUCGCAGUGGCAGCGGUGUCUGGCUGUAGCAGAAGCUGACGCUCGUGGACUCAGCACGGCUUUGGCGGCUUUGGCACGGGUGGCCAGGUGGGAGCAGGCUGUGCUGCUGGUGCAGAACGGGACGGACUCCGUGGCCUUAGCUGCUGCCAUCUCUGCGUGCGAGAAAGGUUGGCAGUGGAGGCCGGCGCUGGCCCUACUUGAGCAGCUUCCAAGCUUCGAGGCGCAGGCGUACAACAGCGCCCUCUCAGCCUGUGAGAAGGCCCGGCGCUGGCGCCAGGCUCUGGCCUUGCUAGCGCAGCACCCAAGGCCCUCCCUGGUGACCCUCAACGCGGCACUCAGUGCGCUGGGCACGCGCUGGCAGCAGGCGCUGGCGCUGGCAGGUGCCAUGGCCGGAGGUCGCUUGGCGCUGGACCACGUCACCUCCGCGGCCCUAGUCGCUAGCUGCUCGGGCGCCAGCGCGGUGCAGGCGGCGCUGGAGCUGGCGAUGUCGGUGACGUCGGGCACCCCGCGGGGAAUGAGCUUGAACUCGGCACUACGUGCCUGCGCCGCCCGCCGCGCCUGGCGCGCCGCGGUGGCGACCUUCCGGGCGGCCCGGCGCGCCCACGCGGACGACGCCCUGGGCCUCGCGGCGCUGCUGUCGGCGCUCGAGGGGAGGAUGCAGCCACCACUACCCUCUCUUCGCAGAUUGGUCCUGAGAUACCUCGUGUUGGAGAGCAAGAGUGAUAGCCCUGGCAGCAUGCAGCCGGACCAGGCGGCCUUGGCAGCUACAGCGCUGCAGCAGCCCGACGGAUACCUAAGGGCUCCUGGCUCCUGCAGCUAUUCCCCCACCACCGGGUCUUACCCUACGGCCUGAAGCGCGCGCUGGCAACUGUCCCCGCGGAGCUUCGGGCGCUCAGGGAGCGGAGCGGCAGCAUCACGGCCGCGCCCUACGGUGUGGGGAAGCUGGCUAUGCUGGUGCUGCUGGAGGAGCUGCAGAUGUGCGAAGUGCGGCACAUGGCGCGAGGUCCAGUGGCCCGUGGCGAAGCGCCUCUGGGACGGUCGAAGCGACCCACGCAGAACGGCGCACAAAGAGCCGCUGUUUUGUAUGUCUUCUUUGCGG